UCUUCUUCGUCUUUGCUUCCGCUCUCUUCCAUCCUCGAAGCUGCGAGCGGGCGCCGCGAGCUUCCGACAUCCCUCGCUCAGCCGGCGAUUAGGGUUUCUCCCGCCUUACGGUCGGCGGCUCACCGGCUUUCCCGGCCGGCGGUUUCGGAAAGGAUGGCCCUGUCGGAGGAGGAGAUCACCCGCCUCCACCGAAUCCGGAAGACGGUGAUGCAGAUGCUCCGGGACCGGGGCUACCUCGUCGCCGACUACGAGAUCAACAUGACGCGGUUCCAGUUCAUCGACAAGUUCGGCGAGAACAUGAAGAGGGAGGACCUCGUCAUCAACAAGGCCAAGCGCAGCGAUAGCUCCGACCAGAUUUACGUGUUCUUUCCGGAAGAGGCGAAGGUCGGGGUGAAGACUAUGAAGACGUACACGAACCGCAUGAAAUCGGAGAACGUGUUCCGAGCGAUACUGGCGGUUCAGCAGAAUUUGACUCCGUUUGCUCGGACUUGUAUUAGCGAGAUAUCAACGAAGUUCCACUUGGAAGUCUUCCAGGAGGCAGAGUUGUUAGUCAAUAUCAAAGAGCAUGUACUCGUUCCUGAGCAUCAAGUGCUUACUAAUGAGGAAAAGAAGACUUUGCUGCAGAGAUAUACAGUGAAAGAAACACAGCUACCGCGUAUCCAAGUCACUGAUCCAAUUGCGCGCUACUAUGGCCUGAAGCGAGGACAGGUUGUGAAGAUAAUAAGGCCGAGCGAGACGGCAGGGCGAUACGUCACUUACCGAUAUGUUGUCUGAGAUUCCUCCAACCCCGGUGUUAAACUAGAGUCAUAAAUUAAAUAUAGCAUGUGCAGAGACGGAAAUCUCGAGUUCUGUGGAGUUUUGCUCUAUUACCUGUUCUUCCUUCAAAAGCUAAAACAUUUGAAGAUGCCAUAAUCUGAAAUUGAAGCAGAUGGUCUUCUUUUCAAGCUUCCGCUUUUGUGAGAACUCAUAAGUAACGAUGUGUCUGUACAAUGGCUUGUGAUGUAACUGAGAUGCUGCUGGGCUCAUUACUGCAUAGACAACUUCCCUGUAUCUAUCUGACAGAUAAAUCAAUCUAGUUGUGGCUGUUUCUGGGUGA